GAGCGGGGCGAUGGCGGCGCAGGACGUGCUGGGCCAGACCGCCCGGCUGGCCUCGUCCAGCGCCCUGCUGCAGGUGCUGUUCCGGGUGGUCACGUUCGGGCUGAACGCCUUCACCCUCCGCUACCUGUCCCGGGAGCUGCUCGGCGUGGUCAAUGUCAGGCUGACUCUGCUGUACUCAACAGUUGUCUUCCUCGCCAGGGAGGCGUUUCGCAGAGCUUGUUUAAGUGGAAGUGCCAAGAGAAACUGGACCAAAACAAUUAAUCUCUUGUGGCUGACAGUCCCUCUUGGUGUCUUUUGGUCUCUUAUCUUGGGCUUAGUCUGGCUAUACUUGCUUGAAGUACCUGAUCCUUCUGUGGUUCCUCACUAUCAGGCUGGUGUAGUGGCAUUUGGUCUUUCUGCCAUUAUUGAACUCCUGGGAGAGCCAUUCUGGGUUUUAGCACAAGCUCAUUUGUUUGUGAGACUUAAGGUAAUUGCUGAAAGCCUUUCAGUAGUGUCAAAAUGCAUUUUGACAGUUACUUUAGUAAUCCUUUAUCCUCACUGGGGCCUUUACAUUUUUUGCUUGGCUCAGCUUUUAUAUGUCAGUGUUCUGGUAAUGUGCUAUGUAAUUCAUUUUGUCAUGUUUUUGGGAUCUCCUGAAGCCACAAAGAAAUCAUUUCCAGUUGCUAGAGUGAAAGGUCUAUUACCUAGCUUUGUGGAAGAUGAGACCUUUGUUAACUGGAAGGAAGCACGCUUGACAUGGAGUUUCUUCAAACAAUCCUUCUUGAAACAGAUUUUGACAGAGGGUGAACGUUAUGUGAUGACUUUUUUGAAUGUGUUAAAUUUUGGAGAUCAGGGUGUAUAUGAUAUUGUGAAUAACCUCGGUUCACUGGUGGCCAGGUUUAUCUUUUUGCCUAUUGAGGAGAGCUUUUAUGUAUUUUUUGCUAAAGUGCUGGAAAGAGGGAAGGCUGUAAAGGACCAGAAGCAGGAUGAUGUUGCUAUGGCUGCAAAUGUAUUGGAAUUGCUGCUGAAACUUGUGCUCCUGAUUGGCCUCACCAUUACUGUUUUUGGUUAUGCCUAUUCUCAGCUGGCUCUGGAUAUUUAUGGAGGCUCAAUGCUCAGUUCUGGAAGAGGUCCAGAUCUCCUCCGGUGUUACUCGUUGUAUGUCCUGUUUCUUGCUGUUAAUGGAGUAACAGAAUGUUUUACAUCUGCCUUAAUGUGCAAAGAAGAAGUGGACAGGUACAAUUUUGUUAUGCUGGCUUUGUCUUUGAUAUUUCUGUGCAUCUCUUAUUUCCUGACCCACUGGUAUGGCAGUGUGGGCUUUAUCCUUGCCAACUGCUUCAACAUGGGCAUCAGAAUAGCUCACAGCACCCACUACAUCCAUCACUACUUCAGAGAAAGCAGCCACAGACCCCUCACAGGCCUGCUGCCCUCACCAGCUGUGCUGCUGGUUUACAUCCUCAGUGCUGGGGUCACUGCUUUCUCAGAGGUGUUGUUCUGCUGUGACAAGGGCUGGAUGGCCAGGCUGAUCCACAUCAGCACAGGUGCCCUGUGCCUUGCAGCAACCCUGGUUACCAUGUUCUGCACAGAAACCAAGCUCAUCCACUUUGUCAGGAGCCAGUUCCUCUCCCGCUAUCUGAAGAAAGGAACAUGACCUGCUCCUGUGCAGAACAGUUCUUGUACAUGCUUGCAGGAAAGGGCUGUGUUUUUUCCAUAAGAUAUGUAUUGAAAAAAGGUUUCCAUGUGUGUUUGGAAGCACUGAUAAGGGAGUGGCAAUGUUGGCAACUGGCACAUGAAUAUUAUUUUGUCUUCUGAAAUGGUCAGUACAGCAGAAGAGAGGUGAAUAGUUUUCUCUUUAUGAAUCAUUCUUGUCUAAGCUUUUCUUCAAACAGCCUCUGAAGAUCUAAGCUGCACCCACUGAUAUAACCUGGUUGACAGACUGCAUGUAGAGAGCUCCCCUUCCUACCACUGGGCAGCGUAGGAAGGCCUGACGUGGUUUAGAAGGCUUUUAUUUGGCAUGCGUGCUGCUUAACUGAGGAGAAGAUGGUCAGGGAGAAAAUCCCAAAACCAACCACGACUGUGAAUGCCAUAAAAAUACCCAGAAGCUGAGGAGAACGCUAGAGCAAGGACCAGCACCAGUGUGAGUGUUGUGGAGCAGAACACAGUGUGGUGCAGAGGGAUUGAGCUGUCACUGUUUGAAGUGCAAACUAGGGAACAGAAGAUGCUGACGUUUACAAGUAAAUUAAUGCAGUACACAGCGUGUGUCCCUGCUGGCUCUGUGAGAGUAUUUCAUUCAUCAGAUCCUUCCUGUCUGAGGGCAUUGAUUAACUUGUCAGAAAUACUCUGAAGCCUUAACUGGAAGGGGUUUUGGGCAUUGUCUGCAUUAGGUGUUGAGUACAAUCAUGGAUAGUGCAGUUCAUAAGGUUACUCAUAAAACUUCUUGCUUUCAUUCCAUUGUCUUUUGGGUUUGUCUGAGAUUCUAAACACCAGCAUGAACAAACUUAUCUCAAUAAAAGUUAUUUUGUCUGUACAACUGAAUGUUAAAUAUAUUUAAUAAGGUUUUUUUACAAGGAAUUAUGCAUAUUGAAGAUGUUUUCAUUGGAUAGUAAAUACUUCCUUUUGUUCCAA